AUACAUCAGAGUCAGCCCGCAGAGAGACACACAUAUGAGCACAAGCGGAGCAGUGUUUCAAUGAAUGAUCCAGCAGCAGCAGCAGCAGAAACAUGCGCUUCUCAGCCACGCCUGCCCUGAACAACACCUCUAACUAAGACACAAGGUCACCUGGUGGGCUGGUUCCUCUCCGUCUUGCAUCGCGUCCUUUAUUUCUUCUCCUCCUCUGAACUCUGAAGCCUUUUGAGGAGCGAGGUCAUGGCACCGUUUUCCUCUCCCAUCCUUCUCCUGUCUCUCAUCCUCUUCCUUUCUCUGCCUCCAUCCUGUUCUCCUGAAUCCCAGUGGGAAGAACCGUCUCUCCAGCCCUCCGUCGCUCCAGAAGCUCCAUCAGAACUUUACAAUAACGUGACCGAUGACAGCAAUGGCGUCACAACGAAAAAAAAGUGCAAUCAACUGGUGGAAUGCAAUCCUGGAAUCCUGCUGCCCGUGUGGACGCCCAUCAAUCCCAGCCUGGGAGAGCAGAUUGUCCGGGCCAUCGUGUAUUUCGUCUCUCUCAUGUACAUGUUUCUGGGAGUGUCCAUCAUCGCUGAUAGGUUCAUGGCAUCUAUAGAGGUCAUCACGUCACAGGAGAAAGAGGUGACCAUCACAAUGCCAAAUGGAGAAACAUCAGUGGCCACCGUGAGAAUCUGGAAUGAAACCGUGUCCAAUUUGACUCUGAUGGCACUGGGAUCAUCCGCCCCUGAAAUCCUCCUGUCAGUCAUUGAGGUGUGUGGUCAUGGGUUUAAAUCUGGUGAGCUGGGUCCGGGCACCAUCGUGGGCAGCGCUGCCUUUAAUAUGUUUGUGAUUAUUGGAAUCUGUGUGUGGGUGAUUCCUGACGGUGAAGUGAGGAAGAUCAAACAUCUCAGAGUCUUCUUCAUCACUGCCUUCUGGAGUAUCUUUGCUUACAUCUGGCUCUACCUGAUCCUGUCCAUCAUCUCACCUGGAGUCGUGGAGGUAUGGGAGGCUCUGGUCACUCUCUGCUAUUUCCCUGUUUGUGUGAUUCUGGCCUGGAUCGCUGACCGGCGCCUCCUUUUCUACAAAUACAUGUCCAAGCGCUACCGUGCCGACAAAAGGACAGGGGUUGUUGUGGAGACCGAGGGGGACAUGACCCCCAAAGGUAUGGAGAUGAUGAUGGACGGCAAGUUUCCACUGAGGGGCGGAGCCAUAGGGAUCGGCACACUGGAACAUUGCCAGGAUGGAACCGGCAACAUAGCAGGCACCAUGCCAACUCUACCCAACUCCAACAGCACAACUGUUUACAUGGAUGGUGCCAAGGACCUGGACGAGAGCCGUAAAGAAGUGAUCCGUAUCCUGAAAGACCUGAAGCAGAAAUACCCAGAUAAGGAGUUUGAUCAGCUGGUGGAAUUGGCGAACUACUAUGCCCUCCUCCAUCAGCAGAAAAGUCGCGCCUUUUACCGUGUCCAGGCCACGCGCAUGAUGAUUGGGGCCGGUAAUGUGUUGAAGAAACAUGCAGCAGAUCAUGCUCGCCGUGCUGUUGUGGCAGGCUGCGAUGAGGCUUCAGAUGAGGAUGACCUGGCCGUCUGCAGCCACAUCUCUUUCGAGAGCACACACAGUCAGUGCAUGGAGAACUGCGGCACCAUCAAGAUACCUGUGGUGUGUCGAGGAGGCCUGGGGGAGAGCACUUUCUAUGUUGACUACUGUACGGAAGAUGGCACAGCCAAUGCUGGCUCAGAUUAUGAGUACUGCGAAGGGACUCUGGUGUUCAAACCAGGAGAAACCAGGAAAGAAAUUAAGGUGGGCAUCAUCGAUGAUGACAUCUUUGAGGAAGACGAACAUUUCUAUGUGCGUUUGCUGAACCUGCGUGUCGGUGAUGCGGAGGGUAUGUUUGAGAGUGAUGACGUGGAUCAGGCUCCCAAGGCCCGGCUGGUGGAACCGCUGAUGGCCACGGUCACCAUCCUGGACGACGACCACGCAGGGAUCUUCACAUUCACAGACCGUCUGGUGCGAGUGAGCGAGAGUGUGGGAACCAUGGAGGUAACAGUGGUCAGGAACUCUGGCGCACGCGGAACCGUGAUCAUUCCAUACCACACAGAGAACGGGACGGCCCAAGGGGGAGGGGUAGACUACGAAGACGCGCACGGAGAGCUGGAAUUCACCAACGACCAGACAACUCAGACCCUUCAGGUGAGGAUCACUGAUGAUGAAGAGUACGAGAAACAUGAGAAUUUCUUCAUCGUUCUUGAGGAACCGCGCUGGCUGAAAAGAGGAAUCUCAGCCCUGCUGCUGAACCAAGAGGAUCCGGAGGGGCAGUUGAGUGCGGAGGAGGAGGAGGCCAGGAAGAUAGCAGAGAUGGGAAAACCUGUUUUGGGGGAGCAUAGACGGCUGGAGGUGGUGAUCGAGGAGUCAUAUGAGUUUAAGAGCACCGUUGAUAAACUGAUCAAGAAGACUAACCUGGCGCUGGUGAUCGGGACUCACUCGUGGCGAGAACAGUUCGUGGAGGCCGUGACUGUCAGCGCAGGUGAUGGAGAUGAAGAUGAAGAGGAGGGUCGAGAGGAGCGUCUCCCUUCCUGCUACGAUUACAUCAUGCACUUCCUGACGGUGUUCUGGAAGGUUCUGUUCGCGUUUGUUCCGCCCACGGAGUACUGGAAUGGCUGGGCAUGCUUCGUGGUGUCCAUCAUUGUAAUCGGCCUCCUCACUGCCAUCAUCGGAGACCUGGCGUCACACUUCGGCUGCACCGUGGGCCUCCGGGACACCGUCACCGCGGUGGUGUUCGUCGCUCUGGGCACUUCUAUCCCAGACACGUUCGCCAGUAAAGUCGCCGCCACACAGGAUCAGUACGCAGACGCCUCUGUGGGAAACGUAACGGGCAGCAACGCCGUCAAUGUGUUUCUGGGCAUCGGUGUGGCCUGGUCCGUGGCAGCCGUGUACUGGGCCGUCCAGGGCAAGCGCUUUUACGUGGAUCCCGGCUCGCUGGCCUUCUCCGUCACCCUCUUCACUAUUUUUGCCUUCAUCUGCAUGGGGGUGCUGCUGUUCCGCCGCCGGCCGUCUAUCGGCGGAGAGCUGGGCGGCCCUCGGGUCUCACGCCUGCUCACUUCGCUCCUCUUUCUGGGUCUGUGGUUCCUCUACAUCCUCUUCUCCAGCCUUGAGGCCUACUGCCAUAUCGAGGGCUUCUGAACGGCUCUAUAAAGGAGAUAUAGGGAGCAAACACUUGUUACAACACACACUUAUAUCUACAAACAGGCCUGAUAAACUACAUACAUCAACACAAGUUUGCACACACACACUUACAAAACACUUACGAAUCGCUGAAUGCACAUUACUCAGCUUAGAUGAGACCUAGAAGAGAAUCUGAGGUGAAAGACAAAAAGAGAUGGAUGAUGCUGGAGAGAGAUGAAAGAUGAGGAGUUUGUAAAAAAAAAAAAGGAAGCAGAGCAUGUAGCAACAGAGAGGGCAAAGAUGAGCGUGAUGUACUAUAAAGAGGGAGCGAUGCUGUAAAAUAGUCACACUUCUAUCUUAGGCAGAACUGAUGACUUUUGUUUCACACUGCAGUCAUGUAACAGGUCUUUUUAUGGUUCAAGGGCCCAAUAACUCUGAGUAAAGAUAAAUGGUGUCUUCAGAACUCUAGGGACAGCAUUUUAGAUGCUAAUGAAAAUG